GUUCGCUUCCACGGAGACACUCUUCCCAAAUCAAUCAUGACUAAGCAGACUCUUCGUACCGCGUGCGUGGUGUUCGUUUUUCUUGGAUUAUUUUGCGAUGCGCAGCAGUGGAACAUGCCCAUGCUGUUUAGAGGACUCAAUAAACCUUCCUCACUGUCCGACCUGAGCCAAGCCAUAUUAGAGACUAAUCAGUUGGAACUCAGCAGACCUGCUCAGAAUAUCUCUGUAGUGACACCUGAACCUCACCAGCUGGAUCCAGAUCUGGCGCUGGUGGACUCUGCCAAGCCUGCGCAAUUUCAACCCAGAGGACGUCAACCACUUCGGUACCGACCAAAUCCAAUGAGAAUAGCUCAAGGCUCAAAGACUCUAGAACCCAAGCAGCCAGUUGUAGCGCAAGGACCUUUAGAACCAUACAAGCCAGGUCAACCCAGAGAACGUUCUAGGCCCCAGGAGCCAGCCAAAGAACCUUCUUUAGACUGGGUGAAAAGAGAGAUGCUGGACACAAACCAAAACCUUCAGUCAUUGGGCUUCAAGAAUCCUUUGCCAGGCCCGGUGUUGAACCCAGUGACUGUAGCAUCUAAAAAGGCCCCAAGCUUUGAGCUCAGGCAGCCUGAACCAGCCCAGACCGUUUGGGUGGAGUGCAGGGAGUCGUCAGUUCAAGUUCAAGUGUACCAAGACCUUCUAGGAAAUGGUCAGUUCAUCAAGCCAGCUGACCUUACGAUGGGAGGCUGCCAGGCGGUGGGCUUAGACGAUCAGGUCCUGGUCUUCGAGUCGGAGCUCCAAGGAUGUGGCAGCGAAAUUACGAUAACUGAGGAUAAACUCACUUAUAAGUUCACUCUGAUCUACAAUCCAAGUCCACUAUUGGAUACUCCUAUUGUCAGGACCAACGAGGCGACGGUUGCUGUGGAGUGUAUCUAUCCCAGGAAACACAAUGUUAGCAGCAGUGCUUUGAAGCCCACAUGGGUGCCCUAUGCCUCCACCAAAGAGACAGAGGAGGUUUUGAUCUUCUCUCUUCAUCUAAUGACUGAUGACUGGCAAUCUGAGAGGCCCUCCAGUACCUACUUCCUGGGUGGCGUCAUGAAUGUGGAAGCGUCUGUUCUACAGGCUCAGCAUGAGCCGCUACGAGUGUUUGUGGACAGCUGUGUGGCCACUACAGGCCCCGAUAUGAAUGCUGUCCCAAGAUACUCAUUUAUAGAGAACUAUGGAUGCUUCACUGACGCCCGGCAGACCCAAUCUAACUCUCAGUUUAUGCCACGGGUUCAGGACAACAAGCUGCAAUUCCAACUGGGAACUUUUAGGUUCCAUCAGCAAGAUACAGGUUCUAUCUACAUUACCUGCCAUCUGAAGGCAACCUUUGCGUCCACGCCAAUCGACUCCGUGCACAAAGGCUGUUCAUAUUCAGCUGAAAGGAGCAGGUGGAUGUCUGCUGAUGGCAGGGACGAGGUGUGUGGCUGCUGUGACUCCAGCUGUGGCGGGAGAAAAGUCAGAAGUCUUGAUGGUUUAACAUUUCAAGGCAAAGCUGUGCUUGGCCCCAUCACUGUCCAGGACAGACCUGUGCUGGAGAGGAUGGAGGCGUCUCCUGAGAUCCAGGAAUCACCAAAUGUUUCCAUUGAGGUUGUGGUGUUGGGUGGGGUCGUUGCGGCAGCUGUGGUUGUGUGCCUAAUGGCACUGGGAUCCAUGCUGUAUAGGAGACUUCACAAACCCACCAUCCCAUCAUGUGUCCGCACCUAAUAAAAACAUUUUAGUCAUCCA